AUGGCAGAUUUACAAAUCUUACAAAAUAAGGUAGCACGUAUAAUUUUGGACCUGGAUUAUGGAUCGUCAGCCAGUUCUGCUUUGAAGAAGUUGGCUUGGAAAGAUCUAAAGACCAGGAGGAUUGUUAACCGUUUGAUAUUGAUUUAUAAAU